AUGCAAAAGUUCUGGAUACUAUUGGGUCUGCUGCUGAGUCGUGAAGCCCGGACCAGGGUCUCCUAUCUGCCUGCGAAUGAGUCGGAUGUGGCCAUAGCUCUUUCGCAGAUCAUCAAUGGCCUGAGGCCACGUCCUUUGGCCAUUCUGGCCCUGCCCUCGUUUAGUUUGAUGAGUGCCUGCUGCGAGAACGAUCAGGGCAUCCGGGUGGAUGACUUUAUACAGCGCCUCCAUCGCCUGUACUACAAAUCGGUGAUCUUCAACAACACGGAACUGUUUUUCCAGCACAUUGAAGCGAAUCUCCAGGGCGCCAUCGAGUGCGUGAGUCUGAUUCUGGAUGAACCCAAGGAGCUAUCCGAACGGAUACAGGAGCGUCGUCUGGCCCAUCGUCUCAGCCUGUUUAUCUUCUACUGGGGUGCCCGCUGGCCGCCCACAGCCAGUGCCAUGAGCUUCGAGGAGCCCAUGCGGGCGGUGGUCAUUACACGACCACGCCAAAAGGCCUUUCGCAUCUACUACAAUCAGGCGAGGCCCACAAGCGAUGGGGAACUGAGACUCGUGAAUUGGUACGAUGGGGAUAAUCUGGGACUACAGAGAACCCCCUUGCUGCCGCCCGCAGGAUCGGUUUAUGCCAACUUCGAGGGGAGAAUCUUUCGUGUGCCUGUUUUUCAUUCCCCUCCUUGGUUUUGGGUCAGCUAUGGCCAGAACAGCAGCGACUCCAUGACGGGAGGACGUGAUCAUCGUCUGCUUAUGCUGCUGGCAGAGCGCAUGAACUUUCGAUUCGAGUAUAUUGAAGCGCCAGGACGCACCCAAGGAUCGCUCAAGUCCGAUGAUGCCAAAGAGUCGAAUGAGAGCUUUACAGGAGGCAUAGGACUGUUGCAGAGCAGAAUGGCAGAUUUCUUCCUGGGCGACGUGGGCUUGAGUUGGGAGCGUCACAAGGCCAUAGAGUUCUCAUUCUUUACCCUCGCUGACUCGGGCGCGUUUGCCACACAUGCCCCGCGUCGCCUCAACGAAGCGUUGGCCAUCAUGCGACCCUUCAAGCAGGACAUUUGGCCGUAUCUGAUACUCACGAUUGUUUUUUCGGGUCCCAUUUUCUAUGGGAUCAUAGCCAUGCCCUACAUUUGGCGACGGCGACACGUCAACCUGGAUGUGGAGCAGCUGGGUGAGCUGUGCAUCUACAUGGCGUACAUCAAGGAGAUUACACCCUGUGUGCUGAAGGUCAAGCGGCGCAGGGUACCAUCUGCACCCAGGAUGCCCGAGCAACUGUUCGAGAAGUGCAUUUGGUUCACGCUUCGAUUGUUCCUGAAGCAGUGUAAGUGGAUCGAUCGCAUCUGGAUCUACUGGAAGUGA